GCAACGGACUCGAUCCCCAUUCUCUCCGUUCAGUCUUCAUCGCCGCGUUGGAACACCGUCAGUCUCUCUGCAGACGUAGGAAACCCUAGUCUGGUCGUACGACGGCUCAAGAAGAGGACAGAGGGAGACGAGAUGUCGUCCACACUCCUGAAGGUGACGGCGAGCGGCACACGAGGAGGUGGAGCAGCUCGAGCGGCUCAUAGUCAAGGACCUACAAACCGAACCGCCUACAAGCAAAGACCACCUGUUUCAGAGCCACCGUGUGCGCAACAUGAUCGACACCAUUACCUCCACUACCGAGAAACUCAUUGAGAUUUAUGAAGAUAAAGACGAUGCGAGGAAGGAUGAAAUAGCAGCUCUUGGAGACCAAACUGCAACCGGAACAAAUGUGUUUAUAAUUCGUGAGUACCACCGAAAGCAUCCAGCUGCUCGUGUUGUUGACAUUGAUGCUAAUGAAGAGUAUGAGGCACUACUUAAAGAGGAGCCUGUCAUUGAGUUUACUGGAGAGCACAUCAUCUUAUCUUACUUGAUGGUUAUGGUAAGUGUUUUGGCCUAGGUUUGGUUAUUUUUAGUCUGAGCUAUAUAUUAUGUGUCUGUGUGAUAUUUUGCAAUCAGAGUUUUUGAGGUGAGUGCUAUAAAUUAGAAAUCUUUCA